CCCAUAUGACCCCGAGUUACUUCAUCGCAUUUUCUUCCUGUCCACUCCUCCAGAAUCUUCCAGGCUAUUCCAUCUAUUUCCGAUGGAAAGCAUGCCUAGUGAGGUGGUAUUCUCAACGGGACCAUUGUCAUCCGAAUCCGUGGUGUUCCAGUAUACCAAUGGCCCACUCAAGGUGUCUCUACCAAAGAGGAGGGGCCGUCCCGCAGGAUCGACAAAAAAGAAGCGACACCCCGAGGGGUCCAGUCGUCAGCCCGCCGCCGCUUCCCACUUCAAGUUCAUCAAUUUUGGGCCCACGUUGACCCGAAUAGAUGAAGAAGCCCGCACCACCAUCCGAAGCCACACAAUGAUCAAUCGCCGUCGCCAAGAACAGAAGAAAGCAGGGAACACUGAAGCCACUGGCUUUGAGCUGUCCCGUCCGGCCCACACCCAUAUUCCACAUGCAUAUCCGCAGAGGAACCAGAUGGAUCCAUUUGGCACGCUGCCCAUCGACAUGGAGCCAUAUAUGUUUGAUCUUUUUGCGUUUUACAAAAAUCGCGCAUCAGAGACACUCUACUCAAUUGAGAAGAGAGCCGGCUGUAAUCCAAUAGAUGACUAUUGGGUACCAUUGCUGUUUCAAGACCCAGCAAUGCUUCAUGUAGUACUGGCGUGUGGAUCGUUAUUCACUAUGGAUCUGCAACGAUUUCGAGCAAGCCCUGCAUUUCUUUGGCAUACCAGUCAAGCUAUGAACAUCAUUCGGAAAAGACUGGUUGGUUCUGUGGAUGCCCCUUCGGAUGAAACAAUAGUUGCUGUCGCCAGUAUCGCUAUUGCGAAGAAAGCAGCGGGCCAGCACGAUCAAUGGGAGGUUGACAUGAGAAUACUGAAAGCGUUGGUUGACAUGCGAGGAGGUUUGGACGCACUAGAUGACAAGCCGAUGGUACAGGGAAAAAUCUACCGGGCCGAUAUCAAUGGAUCCUUAGACGUUGGACGGAAGCCCAUUUUCGGUAAUCGGUUCCAGCAGUCUCCAAUGCCGGGUCCUAGAGAUUACCGAUUAGUUCAAGGUUUCCAAGAACUGGAUUGCGUUCUGGGCAUAGAGAGUGCACUGAAAGCAGUGAUCGACGAUAUACAAUCCUUAGUCGAGGAGUUCUCCAGUAUUACAAAGAGCAGCGGUCAAACCGUCGUUGCGAGGAUCCGUUUCUGGCUGACGUCAAUCCAGUAUACACUUCUUUCACUGCAAUAUAGUGACGAUUGUUCCAGAGUUCAAGCCCAGGAGGUCUGCCGUCUAAGCCUUUUACUACUGAUCAACGCGGUCUUUCAUGAGUCUCCUCCUGGUGCAUCGACCAGUGAUGUACUUAUCUCACAGCUGCGGCGGCUUCUGGAGAAUGCUGAAGUGUUGGACUGGUUUCCGCUCACCUUUCGUCUUUGGACCCUAUACCUUGCUACUUGCAAUGUUGCAUCUUCCACACUAAGAGCUUGGUCGAUUGCAGCCAUCUCAGAAGUGGUGCUGCAAAUGGGCAUCCCAGAUGAAGAAGAGUUCAGUCGACAACUCACAUUGUUCCCAUUUGACCCGCCCACACAUAAUGUCAUCUGUCCAACGAUAUGGGACGAGGUACAAUUCUUUAUUCAGAAUCAGGCGAGAGGGUAACCGGCGAGUCCAUAUUGACUGCAAUAAAGAAGACAUAGUAGAACAGGGAGCAUAAUAUGUUCUUAUUUUCCAUGAUAGACUUACAAAAGAAUGGAUUUAUUUACAUAACGUA